AUGGUUGCUUCUGACCUCUGCGCCGAUGUGAAUGACUUCCUCGGUGAAUUCAACGCCCACAAGGGUAUGCAACUCACUCGAGAUGCUUUCCCUGCCGUUCCCGCGAGCCAUUAUCCUCCCAGUCUGAUGAUCUCGGAUCAGCCCACUGCCAUAUCCUCCCCUCGCAGUUUCAACAGGUCCAUCAGGAGCAAUUCAACAUACAUGUCGUCUUGCUUCCAAACCAGCACAUCCAUCUCCACUGCCCCUCCUCCUCACGGUCCUCCUCCACCACAUCGACAACGUCCAUCCCUACCCACGACAUCCCUCCUCGUCUGCGAGUUCGUUGGCUUCCAAACAUGUGACGCCCUCUUUGACCCUGACGAUGAGGAGAGUUGGAUCUCACACAUUGUCGACGACCAUUUAAACAACAUCCUUCCCCGCGUCAGCAUGUGCUGGUUCUGCAACGACGUACCGCGCUUCAAGGCCGUUUCGAAAAGUCGUGAGGAUCGCGAGGUGUGCUUUCGGGAGCGCAUGAGACAUAUCGCUGGGCAUUUUCGUCAUGGAUGUUCGAGGGAGCAGAUGCGGCCUGACUUUUUCUUUCUCGAUCAUGUUUAUCAACAUGGGUUGAUCUCUGAGGAGGUGUUCCAAUGGGCAAAGAGGUUUCACGAGGUUCCGCAGAUUCCAAAUCUCUACCCUGCUGGUUGGCGACCAGGUCAAGAGGAAGAGGUUGUGGUGGAAGCCGAGGUCAAUCGUUCGCAUCGUCGUCGUCUGUCCGGUCGAGAUCGUGGCCCGCAGGGAUAUUACCGGUAGCCUUCUCGGUGGCUCUUAUACGUUUCACGUCAACGGUCCGUCGUCGAUCCGGGGCCGAUGCCCACUUAUUCUCCGUCCGGUGGAGUUCCGUCUCGGCCGGCGAUCGGUCUCGGAACCCGGGUUCGGUGCCGGGCAACUCAUUACGUUAUGGCUUUCAAUCAAGCAGGCAUGAUUCUCGUUUGCGUUUCAUCAUUUCAUCGGUUCGUCGCGUUCAUCCUGGGGGUCCCGUGGCAUGGGUGGCAUAUCAUUCGGUCGGGGGGGAUCUACCAAGGUUAGUGCCCGGUAACCCGGGAUACAUGGAGGAAGCAUGGGAAGGGCAGAAUGAUUCAUGGUAUCAUCCAAAUAUUUUGUCAAAUGGUGGAGGUUUCGGUUCAAGCAUAUCAGCGAUAUUUCAUAACGAGUCUGGCUAUUGGGUAUGGACGAGGAGGUUCUCGGAAGGGAAGCAGGACGCAGGUCUUGUUACGUUCGGUGGGGAAAAGAGAGGAAAAAGAAAGGACAAGAGAAAAGGAGAAGGACUAGGCAGCAGUAAGAGAGGGCUGAUGAUUUCCUCCUUGGCCGGUCUUUGCUUAUUUAUUCGGCCGAGACGGAGGAACUGACACGGGGCUUGGAGAAUCAUGCUGACUUGGAAAGAGAAACGAAACACAACCAAAGAAUGAAGCCAGAG